AAUAAAGCGCACUAGUGGCGCGGUGCAUUGUGGGUGUGCACGGAGAAGUAAAAUGGCGGACUUGGCGAACGAAGAGAAGCCUGCCAUAGCUCCUCCAGUGUUUGUGUUUCAGAAGGACAAAGCACAGAAGAGAUCCGCAGAUGGGUCGAGUGCAGAGGACGGGGACGAUUCAGAUCGGGAUGAUGGCGAAUACUGUCCCCCGGUAAAGAGGGAGAGGACCUCAUCUUUGACCCAGUUCCCCCCGUCACAUUCAGUUCCCAAGAAUAAUAUCUUUAUGCCCUCAAGUUUAUGCCAGUCUCCAACUGGUAAUUCUGACUCUGAGCCAGAAGAGAAGCCCGUUGGGUUCAGGUUGAAACCCCCCACACUUAUUCAUGGCCAGGCCCCUAGCGCAGGUUGUUUUCCAGGCGUUCCCAGUCAGAAGCCCAAAGAACAGCAGCGCAGUGUUCUGAGACCAGCUGUUCUACAGGCGCCUCCGGCCAAGACCCUCACAGAACCCGUCAAGACCAACUCCAGCUGUGGAACAAAUGGAGUGGGGAAGUUUGGAGAUUCAUCAUCAGAAAGCCGAUCCGUUUUUCUGAACAACACAGAGAGCUCAGACAAAUCACCGAAGCGAGAGAAGGAAGGAGAAGAAAAUGGAGGUGGACAGAAAGACGAGAGUAGUCAGAAGAAGGAAUGUGCGGUGGACUCGUCGUUUGUGUUCGGGCAGAAUAUCAAAGAGCGAGCGAAGUUGGAUGAAAACAGCUCGUCCAGUGACUCAAAAGACUCCACACAAGAUUCUCAGUCUGGCAGCACCAAUUAUUUCUUACAGUACAUGGGCAGCGCUAGCUCCAACAAUGCCACCAACAGCUCAGAUAAAGGCUCCAAGUUCGUUUUUGGCCAGAACAUGUCUGAGAGAGUGCUAAGUCCCCCAAAAGGAGGCGAGGCAUCAGCAGAGGCCAGUAAAGACUGUUCGGCUCCAGUGUCCGAGCCGUCAUCACAAGAGGCCACACCAGAGAAAAAUCACAGCGUAACAGAGUCUCUAGAAGAGUCGGCAGCCGCGUAUACCAAAGCCACUGCCAAGAAGUGCAUUCUGGAGAAGGUGGAGGUCCGUACAGGAGAGGAGGCGGAGAGCAACGUUUUACAGAUGCAGUGCAAGUUGUUUGUGUUCGAUAAGCCAGCUCAGUCGUGGGUGGAACGAGGCCGCGGUCUGCUCAGACUUAACGACAUGGCAUCCACCGAUGAUGGCACGUUACAGUCGAGAUUAGUGAUGCGUACACAGGGCAGUCUGCGGUUGAUUCUCAACACGAAGCUUUGGCCUCAGAUGCAGGUGGAUAAAGCCAGCGAGAAAAGUGUUCGUAUCACAGCCAUGGACACUGAGGACCAGGGAGUCAAGGUCUUCCUCAUAUCGGCGAGCUCUAAAGAUGCCGGUCAGCUGGCCGCAGCGCUGCAUCACCGGAUCCUGGCCCUGCGGAGUCGCGUGGAACAGGAGACUGAGAGCACGCCCGCUCCAGCCGAACCAGAGAUACCGCAGUCAAACGAAGACGACAGCGACGAUGACGAACCCGCUAACAAUAGCAGUGGCUCCAACACCACCGGCACGGGGAACUCCACCAGCAGCGGUAACUGUGAGAGCAGCGAGACCCCAGCAGCCGAGAGCACAUAGCAUCAUGAAGCUCUGCUCGACCCACAGCCGCCUGCCAGGGUUUUAGUACAGGCAUCUCUGCGGACAGCCCAGACCGACAUAGCCCCGUCAGACCGGUGCUGUGGACCCCUGGGACGGAGUCUCUCUCUCACCCAAACUUCUGUCGUUCAUUUCCCCCUCCAACAUUUAUUGUAAAUCUGGAGCUGUUUUUUUUUUUUUUUUUUUAUCGUUUCGUUUUGUUUUUAGUUGUUUUUUCCUCUUGGACUGCAAAUAAACAAACAAAUUAAAAAGACAACAAAAAAGGAAAAAAAUCGAGACUUUUCCAUGUAUGGCUUUGGACUUGGUCGCUCAUCAUAUUGAUGAGUGUGAGGGUGUUUCUCUCUCCGUCUAAGACACGGAAUCGACAAGACUGCAGUUUCUACCGUGGGACCGUUUUUUACUCAUUCGCUCUCUGUCCCUCCGUCUCUCUCUCUCUCUCUCUCUUUUCACUGGCUCUCGGCUUCAGACCAUUUCAUCAUGACCUCGCAGCAUCAUCACACCUAUCGGCCAAUCAGCUGGCCGGUAGCACCAGUCACAUGACCUAUAUCCCCCGUGUUCGGUGUAGUUGUACCAUUUUUCCCAGGUUACGACUGAUUUCUGCCAGUUUCACCAAGCAUCUCCUGGAUGUUCACUUUCUAGGACAAGCUGACACUUUUACUAGUCUGCUAAGAUGGUAGUUAGAUUUCUCAUCGGUGUUAACGAAUAAAGGACUUAACGGACACACGGACUCGUGCUGUAGUGAAUCUGUUUCUAGAACUCGCCCCCUGUAAAAGAGAAAAAUAUCUCCACCCUAAUGUCUCUUGAAACAUCAAACUAAGUUGUGUAGCUUCGUUUAAGGGCAGAUAAUGUUUAAUAUUUCUUUUUUUAGUUGAACUGAUGAGAAUUUAACAUUUAAAGCAGCAUCUCUGUAUUUGUUUUUGUUUUCCAUAUUCUGAGGGUUUGUAUUGUUUUGGCCUUUUUUAAAAUAUUGAUUUACUAUAUUAACUUUUUAUCCAUUUUCAUGUCAUUUGGAGACGAUGUUUCUUCGUGUGUUGGAAGUUUGAGUGCAUUUAGACAGAAAAAAAGGACAAAAAAAAAAACUUGUACCCUUGAAUGUUCUGUAAAUUUCUAUGCGUAUAUUAUCACUUACUAGCACACCAUGUCUCCAAACUCCUUUACAAAAUAAAUAGUAAUAUCAAAGUUAAAAAAAAAAAAAAAAAGAUGAAACAUUUGAAAUAAAUUUUUGUCUUAUGUCAAA